CUCUCUCUCUCUCUCUCUCGGAGUUUUAUCCUCGACCGGAUGAUGUGUAUAUAAAGAGCCGUGAUCAGUCGAGAUGCAGCAUCACUUGGCUCUCAGUCGUCUCAAGAUGAAGUUCGUCGUCGCUUUCACCUGCCUGGUCGCCGUCGCCGUGGCCGCUCCUCAGAGCGACCGCGACAGGAACGCUAACAUCAUCAAAGAUGAGAGAGUCGACCAGGGAGACGGAAACUUCAGGUACUCCUUCGCCGCCGACAACGGCCUCGAGACGGAGGUCGAAGGAGCCCCUGGAUCAGAGGGACAGAGCAACAUGCGGGGAUACUACCUCCUCCCCCUGGAUGGAGGCGGCUUCGCCCGCGUGGAGUUCGUCGCCAACGAGGUCGGCUUCCAGCCAGUAAGCGACGUCCUCCCCACCCCCCACCCCCUCCCUGAACACGUCCACGAACUCCUCAGGAUCGCCGAGAGACAGAGAGCCGAAGGAAUCACCUUCGAGUAACGACUUCGCCAGAAAUAUCUAGUCGGAUUUCACCCUCGUGGCCCUUGGUUCCCUCGUCCCGAAUGGUUCCUUCUUCCUCUUCGUCCCCUCAUUCCACUUCGUCAUCUUCUCCCUUCUCUCGCUGGAGAUCACAUUGUUUCCGUUGGAGUUUAUUGUAAUAUAGUUGAAGAAAUAUAUGCAAGCAUUCAGCAAA